GCUCUGUGUGAUGAACGCAGAACUGAAAAGGCACCAGCAUCAAACUCAUAAAAUGGAGAAAAAGCCAUAUUUAAAAGUGCUCAGUGUCUGCAACAUACAGCUUCUUGUCGUAGUUACUGCAAUACUACAAAACCUUGUGCAGCAAGCAAGUGCAGACUUCCAUUCACCACUCAUCAAGUAUCUCCCCGGUUUUCAAGGACCGCUCCCUUUUCGGUUCACAACUGGGUACGUUGGCGUGGAUGAAUCAGAUGAUGUGCAGUUGUUUUAUUAUUUUGUCGAGUCUCAGACAAAUCCGAGAGAUGAUCCUCUGAUACUCUGGAUGACAGGAGGUCCCGGGUGUUCUACGAUCACUGCCUUCGCUUAUGAAUUCGGUCCCGUAUAUUUUGAGCAAGUGGAAUACAAUGGGACUUUGCCCACACUAAUAUUAAAUCCCCACACAUGGACAAAGGCAGCUAGUAUAAUAUUUCUUGACUUGCCUGUUGGUACGGGCUUUUCUUAUGCCAAGACAUCAAGUGCUUCUCAAUCUUCUGACCCCGAAGCAUGUGCUCAAGCUCUACAGUUUUUAAAAAAGUGGUUCAUUAGUCAUCCUCAGUUUCUUAUGAAUCCAUUUUAUGUUGGUGGAGAUUCUUAUGCCGGAGUCUUUGUUUCGGUUAUUACACAAAUGAUUUCAAAUGCAAAUGAAGCUAUAUCAGAUCCUGAUCAGUCCAUUAAUCUAAAGGGUUACUUACUAGGAAAUCCGGUGACAAUUCCAAAUGAAACAAAUUUCCGCUAUACAUUUGCUCAUGGAAUGGGAAUUAUUUCAGAUGAACUGUAUAAGUCAUUGAGGAGAAAUUGUGAACUUGAUGAUCAGAAAUCGAGUUUUGAUAAUGCAGAGUGUUUAAAAGAUAAAGAGGCUUUUGAACUGUGUAAGAGUGGCCUCUUUACUCCACAAAUAUUGGAGAAAAAUUGUGUGGAGCCGCUGCGCAGGUCAUUAUCUUAUGGAGAAACAACUAUCGUGGAUAAAAUUAGAGACUAUGACAGUCCUAAAUUAGGAUCAUCAGCAUUCGAUUGUCGUAAUAAUGGAUAUCCUCUUUCUAGUUACUGGAGUAAUGAUGAGAAUGUGCAAAAAGCGUUACAUAUAAGAAAGGGGUCUAUAGGAACAUGGAUAAGAUGCAAAGAUGAAUUAUUAUUUGAAAAAGUGAUCACGGAUACUAGACCAUACCAUGCAAAUCUUAGCAGAAAAGGUUAUAGAUCUCUCAUAUACAGCGGUGAUCAUGACAUGGUUGUGCCAUUUCAAUCAACUCAAGCUUGGAUAAGAGAUCUAAACUACUCCAUUAUUGAUGAUUGGCGGCCAUGGGUUGUCGAAGAUCAAUAUGCUGGUUAUACAAGGACUUACUCGAAUAAAAUGACUUUUGCUACAGUAAAGGGGGCAGGCCAUACAGCACCAGAAUACAAACCGGCAGAAUGUUAUGCUAUGUUCGAGAGAUGGUUAUCUAAUGAACCUCUAUUAUUGGAGUUAAAUAGUCUUAGAAAUGAUGUGCGUGUGAUGAACGCAGAAUUGCAAAAGCACCACCACCAAACUCAUAAUAUGGAGAAGAAGCCACACUUUAAACCGGAGCUUCUUGUUGUGGUAGUUUUUGGAAUACUACAAAACCUUGUCCAGCAAGCAAGUGCAGAUUUCCAUUCACCACUCAUCAAGUAUCUCCCCGGUUUUCAAGGACCGCUCCCUUUUCGACUCACAACUGGGUACGUUGGCGUGGAUGAAUCAGAUGAUGUGCAGUUGUUUUAUUAUUUUGUCGAGUCUCAGACAAAUCCGAGAGAUGAUCCUCUAAUACUUUGGAUGACAGGAGGUCCUGGUUGUUCUACUAUCACCGCCUUCGCUUAUGAAUUCGGUCCAGUAUAUUUUGAGCAAGUGGAGUAUAACGGCACUUUGCCAACCUUAAUUUUAAAUCCCCACACAUGGACAAAGGUAGCAAAUAUACUAUUUUUGGACUUGCCUGUUGGUACCGGUUUUUCCUACGCCAAGACUUCUAUUGCUUCUCAAUCUAAUGACACUCAAGCAUGUGCUCAGGCUCUACAAUUCUUAAAAAAGUGGUUUAUGAGUCAUCCUCAAUUCCUUGCGAAUCCGUUUUAUGUUGGUGGAGACUCUUACGCUGGAAUCUUUGUUCCGGUUAUUACACAGAUGAUUUCACAUGUAAAUGAGGCUAAAAUAGGUCCUGAGCAACCCAUUAAUCUGAAGGGUUACUUACUUGGAAAUCCUACGGCAUUUCCUAGUGAGAUAAACUUUCGCUACACAUUUGCUCAUGGAAUGGGAAUUAUUUCAGAUGAACUAUAUGAGUCAUUGAGAAGAAAUUGUGGGCUUGAUUAUCAAAAAUCAGAUAUUGAUAAUGCAGAGUGUUCACAAAAUAAAGCGGCUUAUGAAGAGUGUAGGAGUGGACUCUUUAAACCACAAAUAUUGGAGAAAAAUUGUGUUGAACCGCUGCGCAGGUCAUUAUCUUAUGAAAAAACAGAGGUCAUGGAUAAAUUUGGAGGCCAUAAUAAUCCUAAAUUACCACUAUCUGCAUUUGAAUGUCGUAAUGAUGGAUAUCCGCUUUCUAGUUACUGGAGUAAUGAUGAGAAUGUGCAGAAAGCGUUGCAUAUCAGAAAGGGGUCCAUAGGAACAUGGGUAAGAUGCAAAAAAGAGUUGUUAUUUGAAAAGGUGAUCUUAGAUACGAGAUCAUAUCAUGCAAAUCUCAGCAAAAAAGGUUAUAGAUCUCUCAUAUACAGUGGAGACCAUGACAUGGUGGUGCCAUUUCAAUCAACUCAAGCUUGGAUAAGAGGUCUAAACUAUUCCAUCAUUGAUGAUUGGCGACCAUGGAUUGUCGAAGGCCAAUAUGCCGGUUACACAAGGACGUACUCUAACAAAAUGACUUUUGCUACCGUAAAGGGGGCAGGCCAUACAGCACCAGAAUACAAGCCUGCAGAAUGUUAUGCUAUGUUCAAUAGAUGGUUAUUAGAGGAACCUUUAUAAAACUACGUUUUGAGCAUGUACUAUGACGGAAAUUAUAUUAAUAAAAAUAUUUGUUUGUAUA